GUGACGACCAGUGCCCUAGUUUCUCUCAGUCUGAGUCUGGCGGUUACAACCUAAGACAUGUUUUCCUGUCUUCGCAACCGUUGUGGGAGGCAGAACGUCGAUUGUGGAGAUAUUACAGUGAAGGAGUCUAGCCUUUCGUCUCUAAGUAAUGAUGGACAAAGACAGCACUUCUGGGGAAUGUGUAACGCUGGGAGAGAAACAUCAUCCCUUGGCACUGACCUAAGCAAGGAGCAGGCUAAGAAGGAAAAGGAGAGGCUGAUUAAAGAGCUGCAGCUCAUUACCAAGGAGAGAAAUGACCUGAGAGAUCGCCUGAGGUUUCUGACAGAGAGAUCCAAGAACAACAGGCCCCACUUCAGGCCAAAUCCAUAUUAUGAAGACCUGGAGAGAAUGGAGGAGGCAGUCAUGUCAAUUCUGCACAACUUAGAGAUGGAGAACACUGAGAUCCAUGAGAACAACCAUAAGCUGAAGAAGGAGAUCACCUUCUCUAGGUCUCAGAAAGUGCAAAAGAGCUGGAAUUGGACACACACCAGUAAGAGAGCUUCCUGAAGAAUAAGUUGCUUUCUCAGGAGUCCCUGAUCACAAACUUCCUGAACGGUAACAACAUUUUUUGGAUGAGUAUUCUUCCUCAGAGCUAAUUUGUCAUUUCUUAGAGGCCCUAAAUUUAUAUAACACUAAGCCAGCCUGACUGAUUGAGGUCUUACUUUCUUCUCAGAAAACAGCACUUGAGAGACAGCUUGGGGGACCGCCUUUCAUUAUGUGUGCUAGAGGAGAAACAGCAAUACAUCUGUGCUUCUAAAUGUUCGUUAAGAAUAUGCGGUUUAGAAAUAUUUUUGUUAUGAUUUUAAGUGAAAUUUUCUUUUUGUUUCAUAUUUAUAUGUUCUUGUUACUAUUUUUCUCUUUUCAAAUAUUUUUAGAUAUUUUUAUUUAUUCAUUUUAAUCCUAUUUUGUUGUAAAAAUGUAUUCCUCAUGAAUAAAAAUUGAAUUU